CGGGGAGGGGAGCUGCCCGCGCGCUCCGUCCCCCUCCCCCCUGGGCGGGCGGGCCGGCGGCCGGGGGGAGGGCGGGCGGCGGCGGCGGCCCGCUGUAUAUAUCUCCGCGCACCCCGCCAGGUCGCGCACAGCUCCCCGAGCCCAGGCGCCUCCCCGCCCCCUCCCCGUGCUCCGCGGCGGCGGCGGCGGCAGCAAUAGCAGCAAUAUGGCUGUUGAUGGGUGUUCGGGGUGGCGCUGGCGGCGGGAGGAGCUCCCCCGAGCCCCUGCGCCGGCUGCCCGUUGCUAGCUAUGGCAAAUGGUGGCGGCAGCGGCGGCAGCAGCGGCGGCGGCGGUGGCGGCGGAGGCAGCGCUCUUAGAAUGAGUAGCAAUAUACACGCGAACCAUCUCAGCCUAGACGCGUCCUCCUCCUCCUCCUCUUCCUCCUCCUCUUCUUCCUCCUCCUCCUCUUCCUCCUCGUCCUCGGUCCACGAGCCCAAGAUGGAUGCGCUCAUCAUCCCGGUGACCAUGGAGGUGCCGUGCGACAGCCGGGGCCAGCGCAUGUGGUGGGCUUUCCUGGCCUCCUCCAUGGUGACUUUCUUCGGGGGCCUCUUCAUCAUCUUGCUUUGGCGGACGCUCAAGUACCUGUGGACCGUUUGCUGCCACUGCGGGGGCAAGACGAAGGAGGCCCAGAAGAUUAACAAUGGCUCAAGCCAGGCGGACGGCACUCUCAAGCCAGUGGACGAAAAAGAGGAGGCGGUGGCAGCCGAGGUCGGCUGGAUGACCUCCGUGAAAGACUGGGCGGGGGUGAUGAUAUCUGCCCAGACGCUGACCGGCAGAGUCCUGGUUGUCUUAGUCUUUGCUCUCAGCAUUGGUGCACUUGUAAUAUACUUCAUAGAUUCGUCAAACCCAAUAGAAUCCUGCCAGAAUUUCUACAAAGAUUUCACAUUACAGAUCGACAUGGCUUUCAACGUGUUCUUCCUUCUCUACUUUGGCUUGCGGUUUAUUGCAGCCAAUGAUAAGCUGUGGUUCUGGCUGGAAGUGAACUCUGUAGUAGAUUUCUUCACGGUCCCCCCCGUGUUUGUGUCUGUGUACUUAAACAGAAGUUGGCUUGGUUUGAGAUUUUUAAGAGCUCUCAGGCUGAUCCAGUUUUCAGAAAUUUUGCAGUUUCUGAAUAUCCUGAAAACAAGUAAUUCCAUCAAGCUGGUGAAUCUGCUCUCCAUAUUUAUCAGCACAUGGCUAACAGCAGCCGGCUUCAUCCAUUUGGUGGAGAAUUCAGGGGACCCAUGGGAAAAUUUCCAAAACAACCAGGCCCUUACCUACUGGGAGUGUGUCUAUUUGCUCAUGGUGACCAUGUCCACUGUUGGUUACGGGGAUGUUUAUGCAAAAACCACGCUCGGGCGUCUCUUCAUGGUCUUCUUCAUCCUCGGGGGACUGGCCAUGUUUGCCAGCUACGUCCCUGAAAUCAUAGAGUUAAUAGGAAACCGCAAGAAAUACGGGGGCUCCUAUAGUGCGGUUAGUGGAAGAAAGCACAUUGUGGUCUGUGGACACAUCACGCUGGAGAGCGUUUCCAACUUCCUGAAGGACUUUCUGCACAAGGACCGGGAUGAUGUCAACGUGGAGAUUGUCUUUCUUCACAACAUUUCCCCUAACCUGGAGCUUGAAGCUCUGUUCAAACGACAUUUUACUCAGGUGGAAUUUUACCAGGGUUCAGUCCUCAAUCCACACGAUCUUGCGAGAGUCAAGAUAGAGUCAGCAGAUGCGUGCCUAAUCCUUGCCAAUAAGUACUGCGCAGACCCCGAUGCUGAAGAUGCCUCCAACAUCAUGAGAGUCAUCUCCAUAAAGAACUACCACCCGAAGAUAAGAAUAAUCACUCAGAUGCUGCAGUAUCAUAACAAGGCCCAUCUGCUAAACAUCCCAAGCUGGAAUUGGAAAGAGGGGGAUGAUGCAAUCUGCCUCGCAGAGCUGAAGCUGGGGUUCAUCGCCCAGAGCUGCCUGGCUCAAGGCCUCUCCACCAUGCUUGCCAACCUCUUCUCCAUGAGGUCAUUCAUAAAGAUUGAGGAAGACACGUGGCAGAAAUACUACUUGGAAGGAGUCUCAAAUGAAAUGUACACAGAAUAUCUCUCCAGUGCCUUCGUGGGUCUGUCCUUCCCUACUGUUUGUGAGCUGUGUUUUGUGAAGCUCAAGCUUCUAAUGAUAGCCAUUGAGUACAAGUCCGCCAACCGAGAGAGCCGUAUAUUAAUUAAUCCUGGAAACCACCUUAAGAUCCAAGAAGGUACUUUAGGAUUUUUCAUCGCAAGCGAUGCCAAAGAAGUUAAAAGGGCAUUUUUUUACUGCAAGGCCUGUCAUGAUGACAUCACGGAUCCCAAAAGAAUAAAAAAAUGCGGCUGCAAACGGCUUGAAGAUGAGCAGCCGUCAGCACUGUCACCCAAAAAAAAGCAGCGCAACGGAGGCAUGCGGAACUCACCCAGCUCCUCGCCCAAGCUGAUGAGGCAUGACCCCUUGUUAAUUCCCGGCAAUGAUCAGAUUGACAACAUGGACUCCAACGUGAAGAAGUAUGACUCUACUGGGAUGUUUCACUGGUGUGCACCCAAGGAGAUAGAGAAAGUCAUCCUGACUCGAAGUGAAGCCGCCAUGACCGUCCUGAGUGGCCACGUGGUGGUCUGCAUCUUUGGCGAUGUCAGUUCAGCCCUGAUUGGCCUCCGGAACCUGGUGAUGCCACUCCGUGCCAGCAACUUUCACUACCACGAGCUCAAGCACAUCGUGUUUGUGGGUUCCAUUGAGUACCUCAAGCGGGAAUGGGAGACUCUUCAUAACUUUCCCAAAGUGUCCAUAUUGCCUGGUACGCCGUUAAGUCGGGCUGAUUUAAGGGCCGUCAACAUCAACCUCUGUGACAUGUGCGUUAUCCUGUCAGCCAAUCAGAAUAAUAUUGAUGAUACUUCGCUGCAGGACAAGGAAUGCAUCUUGGCGUCGCUCAACAUCAAAUCUAUGCAGUUUGAUGACAGCAUCGGGGUCUUGCAGGCUAAUUCCCAAGGAUUCACACCUCCAGGAAUGGACAGAUCCUCUCCGGAUAACAGCCCGGUACAUGGGAUGUUACACCAGCCCUCCAUCACAACUGGGGUCAACAUCCCCAUCAUCACUGAACUAGUGAACGAUACUAAUGUUCAGUUUCUGGACCAAGACGAUGACGAUGACCCCGACACAGAGCUGUACCUCACGCAGCCGUUUGCAUGUGGGACAGCAUUUGCCGUCAGCGUCCUGGAUUCACUCAUGAGCGCGACAUACUUCAAUGACAACAUCCUCACCCUGAUACGGACCCUGGUGACCGGAGGAGCCACGCCGGAGCUGGAGGCUCUGAUUGCCGAGGAGAAUGCGCUGCGCGGGGGCUACAGCACCCCCCAGACGCUGGCCAAUAGGGACCGCUGCCGCGUGGCCCAGUUAGCACUGCUGGACGGGCCCUUUGCGGACCUGGGGGAUGGUGGUUGUUAUGGUGAUCUGUUCUGCAAAGCUCUGAAAACAUAUAAUAUGCUUUGUUUUGGAAUUUAUCGGCUGAGAGAUGCUCACCUCAGCACCCCCAGCCAAUGCACGAAGAGGUAUGUCAUCACCAACCCCCCGUACGAGUUUGAGCUCGUGCCGACGGACCUGAUCUUCUGCUUAAUGCAGUUUGACCACAACGCCGGCCAGUCCCGGGCCAGCCUCUCCCAUUCCUCCCACUCGUCCCAGUCCUCCAGCAAGAAGAGCUCCUCCGUUCACUCCAUCCCAUCCACAGCAAACCGACAGAACCGGCCCAAGUCCCGGGAGUCCCGAGACAAACAGAAUGCAACAAGGAUGAAUAGAAUGGGCCAAGAAAAGAAAUGGUUUACAGAUGAACCGGAUAAUGCCUAUCCCAGAAACAUUCAAAUCAAGCCCAUGAGUACCCACAUGGCUAACCAGAUCAACCAAUAUAAAUCCACAAGCAGCUUGAUUCCACCAAUCAGAGAAGUUGAAGAUGAAUGUUGACUCCCAGGAGACCAGAACUAUUUUUUUAAAGCCUGACAAACUUCAUAAAUGGUGACGUGACUUUUCUUCCUCUUACAUGCUGAAUCACUGGUGGAAACGUUAGGAUAAGCAAGAAUUGCAAGAAAAAUAAAGUAGACAGAUCUUUCUCUUUGCCUUGAAUAUUGCUUCCAUGUAUUUUGGAAAAGAAAAUGAUUUCAUUUAUAAAUGAACAUACUAAAAUAGUCAUGUAUAGCCUCUAGCAUUUUAAAUUAUUUUUAUUUAUUAGAAGGAAAAUAUAUUUUUUCUUUUUUUUCCAUUGUCAUAUAUAUUCCCUAUAGCUAACAAUGCAAACUCAAAAGGAAUGUGGCCAGACUCCUUAUGCACAUUUCUCUUCUUUCUCUCUUUUUCUUUGAGGAGAAUGAUGGUCACCACCACAGUUAAUUAUAAUUAAGGGAAAUGGAUUAUUAAGACAACUUUAAAAUGGUCCAAUAAUAUAAACAUGUAUUUUAGUAAAUUUAAAAAAGAAGACAAAAGAGGGCAGGUGAAUUUCCUAGAUGGGUAUGUAUUUUGGCUGUACUGACACCAGCUCUUAAUAAAUGGAAAGUUACUUAUUUUCGAAAGUCAUAUUUUUGUAGUUUUAGUUUUCAUCCUGUAUUUCUCAUCCUUCUGUUCAUAUAUUUAAAGGGAAGACCUUCUUGCAGCUUUUCUACAAAUGCCAGAUCGGGUUUACCCUGCCAACUAACAAUACCAGGAGGGUUGUGAGCAUGCCUGGGACGUGGAAGUUGAGGACCAGAUGCACAGAAGACAUUUCUCUGUUUGUUGUUCUAAUGGUGGGGACUCCUUCCUACAUGCUGUUAUGCUUCUCAUUUCGUAUCUCCAAACCAACCAAGCAGUAAUUGCAACUUUGGAAAGGUCUGGUGGACUCUCUCCCCAUUCCCCAAGUCCAGGGCUUUUAGCCUGAAAGUUUGUAAACACCAAUGAAUAGUUUUACCUAACCACAGGAUAUGAUAACACAUUCAUGCUAUUCACUGAGUUUUUGUGUAAAAGCCAGAAAAGUUCCAUGAUCGAGGAGAUGACUUUUGCCCAGAUCUAAAUUUUGCAGGCUUUCCUUUAGUUGCUGGGACAAAACACACAAACUUGUUACAGCAACCUAAAAAAUAAUAACAACAAAAGGACAGCAUUGAAUGCACUUAAUACAGACUGUUAGAAAAAGCCUUUGAAAAUUACCAGCAAUGAAAUCUAAUGUAUCAGCCACUUCAAACUGUGGUCAAAAAGAUUCUUCUAACCAUCAGACACAAUUCCGAUGUCUCCGAGCUCUGCUGUUGCUUGCAUGCUCAGUGUAACGGCGUCCCAGCAAUUGUUCCAUUCCAAAUGAUUUUCAACUUCAAAAUGAUCAAUCUUUGAUAGAAACAUCAGGAUCUCUCUGGAGCAGCAUGGAUGUGAUAGUGAUUUUUAUUUUCUUAAAAAUGUAAACUGUGGACACUUGAAGAAACAAAACUAACCAAAAUAUCCCCCAAAGUCCCAUGCUAUCUAUUCCAUUAGGCCAUGAGCCCGUGGUACGUAGUAUGUUACAGCAAAUCAGAUCAGAGCCAAGCAAUGAAAUCAUCAUGAAAACAUAGGUCCACUAAGUACUCCAAUUACCAACGUAGGCAAAAUGAGCUUCCACCUCUGUCCCGUCCCUGCAGAGCCAAUGUAGUUGUGUUUCCACCUUGUAGGCGUCGUCCUAAAGUGACUUGUCAGACUGUGGUUACCCUGUCGUCACAUUUUUGUAGAAUUAGUUCUAUAAAAGUAUCGUGAAUAUAAUGUAUGUCCAACUGGAUUGUUGAAAAAUUACUUAUAAUCAAUCACUAGUCUACUCAGCAGACUAAAAUGACGUCAGCAUUCUCUUCAGGCUUAUAAACAUUUCUUGGUUUCCAACAGAAGUAAAAUGGGUUUGUGGGGCGAAACCCUUGCUGAGAGUUGACAACUUUCCUGAAAGCUAGGCCUUCUUCUACAUAACGAUUUUGUAUUGGGUUCACCUUAGUACAUCAAUCCACACUCUUCUUUCCUUCAUGAACCCUAGUGGGUUCCUGAUAACUUGAUAACCAUUUCUGAAUUUGUCUUAACUAUUUGGUCUCCUCUGGCAGGCACUGGUGGCCACCACCUAAAUGCUCUUCCAUUAGAGGAAGUUAGGCCACGGUGUCCCAUGCCUGCUGCCCUCUCUUCCCCAUCUCUCCAAACCAAUGCACACUGGAAACAGAAGUACAAACUCCAUGCCCUUUAUGGCUAGAGAUUUGAAUCUAAACAUUUUUUUUUUUUUUUUUAAACCAAAAUGGCUAAGAUAGUUUCCUGGAGCAAGGGCUCCCCUCCAAACACCAAUUGGCAGGAAUCCAUUUUCUUCUAAGGUAGAGCAAGGUUGUGUUGUUUUGCCUUUGUAAUAAUGAAUUGUUUGGGGCCGGAAAAUGAAAUAAGGCAUUUUUUAAAGGGAGUAUACAAAACGACUGGCUGGUGGCUCCUUUGGCAAAAACUGGUACCCAGUAGACGGAAAGUGGAAUGGAAACAGAAACGAGAUCGUAAGAUCAUUGAAGGGCUUGAAGGAAUGCCAGAGCUUCCUGAUUUGUUUCUAUUUGUUGAGCCUUCUGGCCCUGAGGGAAUCCUCACCUCACCACGCUCUGACAGACCUAUCUUCCUGGCUACAUUCGGCACAGACCAAGGAUGGCCAUCAUGGGUAUAAUCCAUGUUAUAAGGCUCUGAGGUCCCACCCCAGUUUAGGAUUCCAGAAAAGCCAUUUUCCCAAAUUAGUAACUCAAGUGCUUUGGGAAUCAAACUCACCAAGAGGCUAUUUUAAAAGCAGAAAGCACCUACUGAUAAAAGCAUCGUCACCAUCAUCAUCUUCCUCAUUAAGAAAACUUUUGCUUUCAUCUGAGCAAUUUUAUAUUUUAAAAUAGCCCCUUGAACCAAGAUAAAACACCUUCAAUAAAAGUGGUUGUGACUAAGUCACGUUGGGGAACACCCAGAAGCUCUUUCCUUCCAAAGCUUGGGGCAUCUUAUAAUGUACUUUGUAUAAAAUUUAAUUGAGGACUUUAAAUAAACAGGGAAUUAGAACUGUUUGGUUAGGAUUAGAAAGGGAGAAAGUGAGAAGGCAUAAGAACAUUGGGGAUAUUUUCAUGUUGAAAAGCGAAGAGUCCAAGUUUCCUACUUAUGGUUGAAUACGAGGGUUCACAAGCUACAUCUGCAAAUAGCUAGCUAUGCACUUCGAAAAUGUUCUUUCAACUCUGUGAGUCUCAGUGACCUCAUUUGUAAAUGAAAGUGAUUCAUCUAGAUGACUCUAAGGUCCCUUUCAGAUCUGAGAGGAUGUGCUAUGAGUUAAAAGGGGGGGGAGGAGCAUGGGAACAAGCCAAGCCCCUGGAGACAGUCUUGUCCUGUACUAGAAUAAUGGUCCUUCUUGCUGCACCACCCAGGCAGUCCUCCUGAGGGUAGUGCCUUUUCUGCUCUGGACACGUAGCAGUUAUGUUCAUUCCUCUGCUUUACAUUUGGGAGUCUCCUUAGGUUCAAAACGCAAAUUUCAAAAUUCAAACUCACCUGAAUCAUGUUGAUCCGAUCUUUCUGUGUGUUCCUAGGGUUUUCUUCUCAGUCUCAUCCUGGCCUGCCUUUUUUAUUGGCUCAAGGCUCAAUUUCCAUCAAUCCCUUCAUUUCUAACCCAUAUCUCCAAUCUCCAAUAUGUAGUUAGAGGCUCACAAGCCCCAGAUUUCUGCAGUUUUCCUCAUUUUUAUUUCCACACGUGGAUCUGGGCACUAGGAAGGUAUCAGUCUUACUUCUCACUUCAUUUCCCAUCCUCUGUUUAUUUGAUUUUUUUCCUUUCAUUAGUACACCAACUAUUUCUUUGCUACUUACAUUCAUAAGUCUAAUUUUCAUCUACCAUUUUUCUUUGUCAAAGAGAAUCUCAGUUUAAAAACAAGGAAGGAAGAGAGGUAGAAAGGGAGAGAGAGAAAAAAAAUCAAACCAAUUGCGACGUGAGUCACCUUACUUAUAGGCGACUAAACACAUCAUUCAAAUUGGACGUGGAAUUCCAGUGCAGAAUCCGUCCAUUUACUCUGGGGAGCAGAGGGAAAGUAAGAUGAGACUUCAGAGAAGGGGCUAGAAAGUAAAUUGUCUUAAGGGCCAAGCUAAGAGGUUGAGGCUUGCUCUAGAAACUCAUGGAAAGCCACUAAAUGUUUUAAACACAGAGUGACAAACACCAAUAUCUGUGCAUUUUUUAGGUUGUAUAUUUUGCGAAGUCAGCUCUUCCUGGAAGUCAUCAAGAGCAGAUAUGCAGAGUUGAACAUUUUCUCAGCAGCAUGGAGUUCUCAAGGGUGCAAACUCCAAGUCCACAACUCAGCACAUGAAGUCCUACCUUCUUCAAAUAAAUGUUAUAGAUCCUACUACUUGUAGAAGGUCAAAUGGCAGGGUAGGGGCUGGUUUGGGGUCUGGUUUGAGGGCUGGCUGUUGGGGUCAUUGGCUGUAGUUCUGGAAAAGGUUCUUUGUGAAAGGAACAGUUAAUUGGGACCUCAAUAGAGGAACCCUGUGGAGGAAUAGGAAAGAAUGCGGGCAGCUGAGAACUGUUGUGUUAAUUAGUUCAAAGUGGAAGAAGCUGAGCACGAUUUAUAAAGGCAGGCUUUUCAGGCAAAAGGCAUGGGGAAAGUGGAGCUGAGAGGAGGGCUACGGAAGGUCCUGUGGAUUUGGACGUCAGAACCACAGAGGUAUGUACACAGUGGAGUGUAUGGCUGGGUUCUCUGAAGGAGGAAGGGUAGGUGUGGAAGGUGUUUUGAAGGCAGAAAAACAUGGGGGCUACAACCAUAUUUUUUUAAGGGCUAAAAGGAGCAAAAUAAGUAGGUACUCCUUGGAAAAGGAGACCUAGGGUACUCCAGAAUCAGAAAAAUGGGAAACCAGAGAUGGAAACUUUAAGAAAGAGAGGGGGGGGUCAUCCAUGAGGUUGGAAAUGAAGGUGUUGGAGAUGGCGACUCAGAAGUAAAAGGACUCACUCGAAGAGGGCAGGGACUUUGCUUGUUUGUUUUAUCUCUAGAGCUUGUCAUGAGGCCUGGCUCCGGGUGGGCAGUCAGUCGGUCGCUCUGUGUUUCUUUGGAUGCCGUAGGCGAUGGAGGUUGGAUAGGACUUCUAGGUCACUGGAGAAGGAUCGGAAGAGAGGGAUGUUGAGGUGUGCUUCUUCUUUUGCCUCCCUGUUCAUGUCAUUCCAUUGUUCCUCAUCUCCACACACCGGCGGCUCUGGUUUCAGCGUUCCUAAAACAAAUGCAACAAUCCCUUUGCUUUAGUGGCUUUUCUGGACAGGCAGCAUGAGAAGAGAGGGUUUUCGGCUUGGUGAAAAUCAAUCUUAAUUGCUAGGUAGAUUUCAAAUUUAAAAAGCUUUCCUUUGGUCUAUUUUUUCCCCUCAAGGACUUCUGUGUUUCUUCUCCUCCACCUUGCUAUUCAGCAGAACAGGGACAAAAGUGACACCAAAGUGCUCCAGUGUGCCUGCCUUAGGAAGCUUUCCUGGGCCCGCUGUUGAGAAUCUUAGAUGGAAAUGUCCACACGGCACCGUCAUACGCCCGCCAGAGCAAACUAGAGCGUCCGUCACGUGGGAUUCAGGGUCAGUGUGAGAAAGGCAGCCAGCAGGUAGGGGAGCCCUGCCAACAAGGUUGAUGGAGCCCCACUUCCGCACUAAACCAAAGCUCCCCCUGCCCCGGAGCAGCCUGCUGCCCUCCCUUCCUUCCGCUGAGCACAGCCUGAGACACAUUUGACCAGAACUGCAACAUUUCAAACACGAACCAAGGUCUGCCUGGAAAUCCUAAUUAAAAAUGUUCCAUUCCCAGGUGACACAAUCACAUCCUGCCUAAAACUUCUGGCCCACAUCCCACCACCCAGAUGCUGAAAAGAAACCUUCCCCCACUUAACACCAAAACCUGCACUCAAUGUUUCUUCAGGGGACAAAGAAAAAAAAAAAAAAGUAUUCUUAUAUAGAGGUCAGCCUACGAGUUCAUUAAGGAAAAAGAGCGUGGCUUAUUCAUCUGUCUUUCAGACGUUUGAUUGUUGGCAUUAUGGUGGUGGUGGUGAUGGUGAUGAUGAUUGAUGAUAAUGAUGAUGAUGGUAAUGAUGAACUUCUAUGACCUAACCGGAUUGGAAGAGAGACUAAAUGCUGGUGCUCUGAAAUGAUCUCCUCAACUCUGUCAUCUGUAACAACCAGUGAUAACUCUCUUGUCUUGUAAAAAGGGUUUGUACAUAACUUGUACAUGGUUUCAUUUUGUAUUUUUCGCAGAUUAAAAAUUUAUGUAUUUGUGUUCUAAAA